AUGCCUCCUAAGAUUGAUCCAACUGCUGUAACCAUUGUGUACUUGCGUGUGACUGGUGGUGAAGUUGCUGCAACUUCGGCUCUCGCCCCCAAGUUAGGUCCCCUUGGGCUUCCACCCAAGAAAGUCGCUGAUGAUAUCGCUAAGGAGACAGCCGAUAUGAAGGGCCUUCGUUUGACUGUCAAAUUGACCAUUCAGAACCGUCAAGCCACGGUUUCCUUCGUGCCAACUACUUCUUCUUUGUUGAUCAAGGCACUUAAAGAGCCCGUUCGUGACAGGAAGAAAGUCAAGAACAUUAAGCACAAUGGCAGUAUUACCUUCUUGGAUGUUCUCGAGGUUGCACGAGUUAUGCGUCCCCGAUCACUCGCAGUUGAACUCUCGGGAACUGUAAAAGAGGUCUUGGGUACCGCGCGUUCUAUCGGGUGCAUGAUUGAUGGUGAAGCUCCUCAAACUAUAAUUGAAAAAAUAAACCGAGGAGAAAUUUCCGUCCCUGCUGCGUAA